GCAAAAAUUUCAACCAAUUUUCUUCUUCGAACACAGACGCGCACACAGAGAAGAGAAGGAGCUCUCAGGUGCUUUCUUCGCAAACCCAUUUCUGAAACUUGAAGCAACUACAAUGUUCUACAGAGGUAAAUAUGCGGACGGUGGGGAUGGGCGUGAAAUGGGUGCAAAGCGUCAGCGGGUAGUUGAACAGGGCUCUUCAUUUUAUGGGACUUCCCCUGGUCCAAGUUUUAUGUACAACCCAACUCCUUUUGCUUAUGUAGGACAACCUCCACCUUUCCCAGUAGUCAAACUUCGUGGUCUUCCAUUUGAUUGUACAGAAGUUCAUGUGGCUGAGUUCUUCCAUGGUCUGGACAUAGUUGAUGUUCUGUUUGUCCACAAGAAUGGAAAGUUCUCAGGAGAAGCUUUUUGUGUUUUUGGGUAUCCUCUUCAAGUUGACUUUGCACUUCAAAGGAAUAGGCAGAACAUGGGCAGGAGAUAUGUUGAAGUGUUCAGAAGUAAGAGGCAGGAAUAUUACAAGGCAAUUGCUAGUGAAGUUUUAGAUUCUCGUGGUGGUGGCUCCCCUCGCCGGAGCAUCCCAAGGUCUAAAUCUUAUGAUGAAGGGAAGGAUACCGCCGAACAUACAGGGAUAUUAAGGCUGAGGGGAUUGCCAUUUUCUGCUGUCAAGGAUGAUAUUAUUGAGUUUUUUAAGGAUUUUAUGUUGAUAGAAGACUCGAUUCAUUUCACCUUGAAUUCAGAAGGGAGGCCUACUGGGGAAGCAUUUGUGGAGUUUGCAACAGCUGAAGAUUCUAAAGCAGCAAUGGCGAAGGAUAGGAUGACUCUUGGUAGUCGAUAUAUUGAAUUGUUUCCUUCAUCACAUGAGGAGUUGGACGAAGCUCCUUUAAGAAGACGAUGACUCCUUGUUGGUAGUCGAUACAAAAAUGUUUCUUGGUGCCGAUAUUUAAUUUCAAUCAAGAUGUGGGGUGUCAUUUGGACAAUGGCUCUUGUCAUUAGUUCAAAUAUGUCACUAAGAAAGUUUUGCACUGCUUAAUAAUAUGAGGCUAUUAAGCCUAAUGUUUGCUUAAUGAAUCUUUAUCAUUUGAGAUA